AUGGGGUCAAAAUUUGUCAUGGGAUUAAAGAGGGUAAAAAUGUUUUGACGAAUAGCAAGGCCAAGGUGACUAGAUAUCUGGCGGUCGCCAUUAACUUAGCCGACGGCCUCCAGAAGCCUAUGUGGGGGUGGCCAGACAUGGUAAUUGAACUAUUUCCCGAGUGCAACUUUGAAUCGGAUGCUGACCUUAUAGACAGGGAGGUGAGGAUUAUGGAGGAUGAAUCUAUUUAUGAUGAUUUUGAGGAUAUUUUUCUAACCAAGGAUGACAGAUCCAUCUUCAAUGACCCUCUCUGUAGUGGGCAAGGGAAGGAGGUGAGUGUGAACAUAUUGGAGAUCAGUGAACCGUCCCAAAGCGGGAUGCUAGAACUCCCUGUUGUGGGGGUAGGGAUGGAAGUGAGUGUGACCACAUUGGAGAUCAGUGAACCGUCCAAGAGCGGGAUGCUAGAACUCCCUGUUGUGGGGGUAGGGAUGGAAGAGAGUGUGAACACAUUGGAGAUCAGUGAACCGUCCAAGAGCGGGAUGCUAGAACUGGAGAUAGAUUUGAAGGAGUUCGGGAUCGAUGAACCACCUAGUAACGAUGUCGGCUCCAGAGGGAUGAGUUCGGAACGUCAAGUUAACCUCCUCUCUGGUUCUGACUUUAGUAAUAAUAUUGGAAGUUUGGUGGAGAACCUGAACUUGAGUGGAAGUUUGGAUUUGCAGCUGGGAAGUGUUGGAGUACACAGAGUCGUUGAAAGACAGGAAAGAUGUAAUGAAGAGACCAGCAUGGACGGAUUGGACCUACCCGACUGGCUUGAUCCAGAACCAGUCAAGGUCGAUGAAACUCAAAGAAACCCAAAAUUCAAAGCCCCGAAUCCAAAAAUGAUGGAGCUUGUAGAAUACAUCCUGGACAUGGAAGGUAUUAAGGAUAUUUGUGCGGCUUCAGCAAUGACAGAUAUAAUCGUGGAAGAAAUCGUAGACAAUUCUAUAGCGGCCAGUGACGCGUCAGGCUCGUCCGGUGCUAAUAGUCCCUCCAGUGGUGAGCGUUUGCACUGCUCUGAUACCCCCUGUGGACAAGAUGCAAACUACUCGCGGGAACACAGAUCUAUUAAAAGCGUUGUGUCCAAGGCAAAAGACCCUGGACCCAAAUCUACUUACCUCCCUCCCUGUCGUGUAUGUGGAGACAACGCGUCCGGAUUUCACUACGGGGCUAACACCUGUGAAGCAUGCAAGGGUUUCUUCAGGAGAAGCAUUGUGAAGAUUCAGCAAAAGAAGGAAUCGUAUAAAUGUUUCGGAAAGGGAGACGGGUGUGUUUUAGGACCGGGAAAGAGAAAUCCAUGUGCAGCAUGUAGAUAUGCAAGAUGUCUAGAGGCGGGAAUGUCAAUAAGUGCGAUUAAAACUGGUCGGUAUACCUAUGAGAAGAGAACGAAAGACACGGUAGAAGUAAGAAAAAUGCAGACUGCAGAGAAACCACUGUGCCAGGAAACGUACAUUAGUGAUUCCGAGGUAGACCAGAUCAUCCAGUCAUUGAAGGAUAUUCUGCUGAAGAAUUGUCCGGAUGCGUACACAAUCUUUGACAGAGAAACCAAUCUCACUAGACAGUUGAAGAUCUAUAAUGACCACAAAGCCAAAUUAGAAAUAUUUGGUACCAUGUCGGUGAUACCAAAAGAAGUUUGGGAUGAGUUUUAUAAGGAAACAGGAAUCGACUUGGAUAACAGACAAGAACUGAUGAGAGAAAUGGCGUGCAGGAUGGAAUACGGACUAAGUGUGAUGGUCGAUUUUGUUCGAGCUAUUCCGGGAUUUGCAAAUCUCUCCGUCUCUGACCAGACGGAACUAAUUAAAGCUUCGCAUUUCGAAUUUUUCUUCUUGAUGCAUCAUAAAUCAUUUAACCCUGAAUUACGGGUAGUAUCAGGAUUGAUAGAUAUGCACCAAAGUGAGAUGGAGAAACUUGCAGAAAAAGAGAUGGUGGACCAAAUUUUUCAAUUCAGUACUUCACUUAAAAACCUCGAGCUGUCUCUCGAUGAGAUUAUUCUUCUGCGAGGGAUAAGCGUCACAUUCACAGACCGAUGUCAGUUAGAAGACCCAAAAGCCGUUGAACGAAUUCAGUGGAAGCUGGUCAACGCACUAAGAGUGUUAGCAAAACGUCAGAACUUCAAACCAGAGCAAAGAUUAUGGCAUAUUCUGGACCGCCUGACUGCUCUCCGGACUAUGACAGAAAUCAGCAAGGAACUGGACAAACAGAAGUGUUCGUGGCCCGUGAUGAAGGAACACCCUUUGGUUUUGGAUAUCCUACAGAACUGAUGUUUAUCUUGCCUGUUUUAAUGUGAUUAAUAAAUGCACCACAUCAACAACUCCGCCCAUAUAAGGAAGAAAGGUACAGAGUGGCUUGUACUGGUAAUUGUUCGCAAGUGUAUGUGAUAUGUGAUUUAAAACGCGCCCAAUCAAUCACAAAGCAGUUCCGCUGAUGCUCGUUUGUGUAUGGCGAAGAUUUGAAUACAGUGCGACCGAAAGUGUUUUAUCAUUCCAUUUGCGUGCAGGUUUUGAUUGUUUGAAUCCAAACAACGAAAUUGAUCUAUGGAGUUCAAUGAUCUCGAGCAGCAAUUACAAUUUUAUGCAGCGAGGUCGAUGUUGUUAUGUAGACCUUAUUCAAUUCUUUCAUGUACGUAAAUAUUUUUCAUUAUUCAAAGUGCCAAUUUUAUAGAAUUUGAAUAUUUGUAUAGAGUCCGUUAAUUAAAUAUAAAACAUUAUUGUAAAGGGAAAUGUUGAUCAGAAUUGUUCCGGUGGCAUUUUUCAGAUCAUUUUGUUUUAUUUAACUGAAUAUACCGUUGGUUUUGGACAACAUUUUUAAUGAUGUAUCAUGUAUCAUAGAGAAAAGGUUUUGGAUUCCAUUACAUUCCUAAUUUAUUGAUCGUUGUACAUUCCAUUUACCAAAAACGUUAUUUUUCCUUUCCUGGCAGAAAUUCAUAAUGUGUAUAUACAUGGUUAUUAGUGAGCUCAUCAUUUCAGUAAUGAUGAAUUGCGUUCUCAAUAGCUGUACAAAACGUUUUUAAAAAAAUAUUCUCAACUGAAUGUAACUUGCCAUACAAGCAAUGUUAUGUGGAUGUUUUAUGGUUAAUGUUACUUAUAGAAAUAAAUGUACAUCAUUAACAUUA